CAGACUCCAUUCAAGAUGGAGUUUGGUGGAGGGUUGAAGGUGCCAUUAUGGACCUUGCUAUUAAUGAUCUGCUGUAUCCAACAAAAAGUUUCUAGCACAGAAAGCAUAUCUGGAAAAAUUAACUUCAUUCCACAACUGAGGACAACACCAACCCUUACAACCUUCAAUGCAGCUCACAAUGGACGGGUAUGUAGCACAUGGGGCAACUUCCACUACAAGACAUUUGAUGGGGACAUCUUCCCUUUUCCUGGGCUCUGCAACUACGUCUUUGCCUCCCAUUGCCACACUGCCUUUGAGGAUUUCAACAUCCAGAUCAGGCGUGUGAGGGUGGACAACAUUACCCCUAUCUCUUCUAUCACCAUGAGGCUGGAAGGAGUGGAUAUUGAAAUGCAAGAAGAUGCCAUUUUGGUGAACAGUGAAAGGGUGCAGCUGCCUUACAGUGGCUCUGGAUUCACCAUUGAAAAAUUAACCAUCUAUGUUAAAGUGGCAGCCAAACUUGGCCUAACCAUGCUGUGGAAUGAAAAAGACAGCCUAAUGCUGGAACUGGAUGGAAAAUAUGUCAAUCAGACUUGUGGGCUUUGUGGGGAUUUUAAUGGCAUUCCAACUUACAAUGAAUUCUUUUCAAACAAUGUCCGCAUAACUCCCCUGCAGUUUGGGAAUAUGCAAAAGCUGAAUGGUCCAACAGAGGACUGUAAUGAUCCUUUACCACUCCCUCUGAACAACUGCACUGAUAUACGGGAUAUAUGCAGGGAAGUCCUGACUGGCACUGCGUUCUCUGAAUGCAAUGCUAUCGUGUGGGUGGAUGACUACAUUGAUGCUUGUGUACAAGACUUGUGCCUCUGUGCCAACCCUGAAUCAUUUUCUUGUCUCUGUGACACGUUUGCUGAGUACUCCCGGCAGUGUGCUCAUGCUGGCGGGCACCCUCAGAACUGGAGAACCCCACAACUGUGCCCAAUGUCAUGUCCUUUCAACAUGGAGUAUCAAGAAUGUGGCUCACCCUGUGAAGAUACUUGCACCAAUGCUGAAAGAUCUCAACUCUGUGAAGAACACUGUAUAGAUGGCUGCUUCUGCCCACCAGGAACUGUGUAUGAUGACAUCAGUGGCUCUGGCUGUAUCCCCCUUGAGCUAUGUUCCUGCAUUUACAAUGGCAAAUCUUACGCUCCAGGGACAACUUACUCAGGACACUGCCGUACAUGUUCCUGCACUGGAGGUGAGUGGCAGUGCACAGACCUUCUUUGCCCUGGCAUUUGCACAGUUGAGGGUGGAUCACAUAUCUCUACUUACGAUGAGAAGCAUUAUGAUGUCCAUGGGGACUGUACGUACGUUCUCUCUAAGGUUUGUAAUGAAGAUGAAUUUACUGUCCUUGGAGAACUCCGCAGAUGUGGCCUAACGGACACUGAAACAUGCUUGAAGAUGGUGGCCCUUGACAUCAAUGGAGGACAGACGAGUGUAGUCAUCAAGUCUAACGGCGAUGUAUUUCUUAACUGGAUCUACACUCAGCUGCCUAUCUCAGCAGCCAAUGUAACCGUCUUCAGGCCUUCAACUUUCUUCAUCAUUGUGGAAACCAAUGUUGGCCUUCAGCUUCUUGUUCAACUCGUACCUAUCAUGCAAUUGUACCUUCGUCUGGAUCCAUCUUUUAAAGAGAAGACAUGUGGUCUCUGUGGAAACUUUAACAGCCGCCAAACAGAUGACUUCCAAGCUAUAAGUGGAGUGGUCGAAGGAACAGCUCCUGCAUUUGCUAACACCUGGAAAACUCAGGCUGCAUGUCCCAACAUAAAACACAACUUUGAGGACCCUUGCACACUUAGCAUAGAAAAUGAAAAAUAUGCCCAUCACUGGUGUGGCCUGCUGACCGACUCUAGCGGACCUUUUGCCAAAUGCCAUUCUGCAGUGAAUCCAGCUCCUUAUCAUACGAACUGCCUGUUUGACACCUGCAACUGUGAAAGGAGCGAAGACUGCAUGUGUGCUGCUCUCUCUUCCUAUGUCAUAGCUUGUGCAGCCAAAGGAGUUGCGCUUCCGGGAUGGAGAACCACAGUUUGCUCCAAAUAUACCACAUCGUGCCCCAAAACCCUGACUUACAGCUACUCUAUCAGUUCCUGUCAGCAUACCUGUCGGUCCCUGAGUGAACCAGAUGUUACCUGCAAUAUUAAAUUUGUCCCAGUUGAUGGGUGCACCUGUGAAAAUGACACCUACAUGGAUGACUCUGGAAAAUGUGUACCUGUUGACAAAUGUCCCUGUUAUUACAAAGGAACACCUGUACAUCCUGGUGAAGUUCUCCAUGACUUUGGCGCUGUAUGCACUUGUACUCAAGGAAAGCUGAACUGCAUUGGUGGUGGCGGCGACUCAAAGCCAGUGUGUACUGCCCCUAUGGUCUACUUUGACUGCAGAAAUGCCACUGCAGGCAGCACUGGAGCUGAAUGUCAGAAGAGCUGUCAGACCUUUGAUAUGCACUGUUAUAGUACACAGUGUGUGUCUGGCUGCAUGUGUCCCUCUGGUUUAGUGUCAGAUGGUAAAGGUGACUGUAUUCCUAUGGAAGAGUGUCCAUGUAUCCACAACGAUGCUACAUAUAAGGCAGGAGAAAAGAUCCAAAUUGACUGUAACACCUGCGUAUGUAAGAACAGGAUGUGGAAAUGCACUAAGAACAAGUGCUUAGGUACCUGUGCAGUUUAUGGAGAUGGGCAUUAUAUCACCUUUGAUGACAAGCGUUACACUUUCAGUGGGAAGUGUGAAUAUACCCUAGUACAGGAUCAUUGCGGAAAGAAUAGCUCCACCCAGGGGUCGUUCCGAGUCAUCACUGAAAACAUUCCCUGUGGCACCACUGGCACCACUUGCUCAAAAUCAAUCAAAGUGUUUGUAGGGAACUAUGAGCUGAUACUCAGCGAGGAGCACCAUGAACUGAUACAAAGGGGCCAGGGAGGUCACCCACCCUACAGGAUUCGCUACAUGGGCAUUUAUCUGAUUAUUGAGACUUACAAUGGGUUGAUUAUCUUAUGGGACAAGAAAACAAGCAUUUUUAUCAAACUAAGUGAUGAUUUCAGGGGUCAGGUCUGUGGUUUAUGUGGGAACUAUGAUGGCAAUGGAAUUAAUGACUUCACAACUAGGAGUCAGUCUGUAGUAGGUGAUGUUCUGGAGUUUGGAAACAGUUGGAAGGUCUCUCCCACAUGUUCUGAUGCCAAAUGCACCAAAGAUCCAUGCACCAAAAACCCUUACAGAAAGUCUUGGUCCCAGAAGCAAUGCAGCAUCAUCAACAGCAAGGUCUUCGCUUCUUGCCACUCACAGGUUGACCCAACAAGGUAUUAUGAAGCCUGUGUGGCUGAUUCCUGUGCUUGUGACACUGGGGGAGAUUGUGAAUGUUUUUGUACAGCUGUAGCUGCCUAUGCCCAAGCAUGUAGUGAAUAUGGAGUGUGCAUAUCAUGGAGAUCACCCUCAAUCUGUCCCCUGUUCUGUGACUAUUACAAUACUGAAGGAGAAUGUGACUGGCAUUACAAGCCUUGUGGAGCACCAUGCAUGAAGACUUGUAGGAACCCAAGCGGGAGGUGCCUUUAUGAAUUACCAGGCUUGGAAGGUUGCUACCCAUACUGCCCAGCAAAUAAGCCCUAUUUCAGUGAAGAUGAGAUGAAAUGUGUUGAUGUUUGUGGCUGUUAUGACAGUCAGGGUAACUAUCAUCCACCAGGAACAACCUUUGACUCAAGAGAGACAUGCCAAUCAUGCCAGUGCACCAGCAAAGGCAUGGAGUGUAGAUAUGACCCUGAAGCAUGCUACUGCCACUAUGAAGGGAAGACCUAUAUCUACAAGGAUGUCAUCUACAAUACCACCGAUGGCUUGGGAUGGUGCAUAAUUGCAACCUGUGAUGUCAAUGGAACAAUUAGUAGAGAACUCUACAAAUGUGCUGGGCCUAGCACAACAACACCAUUUACAUUUACUACUGUUUCAGCUACAACAACAAGUGGAGCAGAAUCAACUACACCAAGUACAACAACAUGUGUCCACUUAAUAUGUGAAUGGACAGAAUGGUAUGAUGUCACCUACCCAAAGUAUGGACCAAAUAAUGGGGAUUAUGAAACACCAGAAAAAAUAAGAGCGAGAGGACACAAUGUAUGCAAAAUUCCAGAUGAUGUGGAAUGCAGGGCUCAAAGUUUUCCCACUGAGAAGUUGGAAUCCCUCGGUCAGAAGAUAACAUGCACAAAGACAAAUGGUUUGAUCUGUAAUAACAAAGAUCAGGAUCCACCAAUCUGUUACAAUUACGAGAUCAGGUUCUUUUGUUGUGAAUUUGCACCCUGUGGAGUCCAAACAACUGUUCCAUUCACUACAACUACUACAGAAACAACAACAAAAUCAGACAUUACAAAAAGUGAAACAACGCAUAUGCCAACCGUUGGGCAGUCAACAAGCGAACAACCUCCAACGCAAACAAUAGGAAUACAAACCUCAGCUACAACAAUACCAAUAACUCCACUUGAAGGUUCAACAAUGACAACAUCUCAUAUAUCCAAGACACAGUUACCUACAACAACAGAAAGUACCCCUGAG